AUGUUAUCACAGUAUAACGAACAACUUGCUGCGGGUGACAAUGUUGACGGAUUCAACAAUGGUAAACAAGCAAAUGCAACGUUAUAUUCCUUUGAUUUUGUUGAUGCAGAUGAUUUCUUAGACUCAAUAUCAGGGGCGUUGCCAAAUAGUGCCCAUAACAAUGUCAGUGUUAACACCAGCAACACCAACGAUAUUACAUUUGAAGAUAUGAAUAUCAUGAAUCCAAAUAUCUAUUCUCCAGUAUCAGCAGCAAGCGGUGACGAUUAUGCACAUACUUCUGGCCAACCCAUGGUUAGUGAAGGGAGUAACUACACUGGACAGAACUUUACUGAUUAUUUAUCAGACAACUCCUUGGAGGGAUAUGAUAACAAAAAUGUAAAUCAUCCAUUGAAUGGAGUCGACAUUGUCUUGUCUAACAAACGCUCUAAUUCAACUUCAACUGGAAGUUUAAGUCACAAUGAGGAAAUCACACCAAUUUCACAUUACUCAGUCGAUUCAAUAGUAACUUCACCAGAGCCUCCAAUGAGUAAACAAGGUGAAUUUCCACCUAUUAAACGAAGCACAACCGUGAAUUCAACCAAUAGUAUCACCAACACCAAAAAAUCAUCGAAAGUCACUAAACCAAAAUCAAAAGAUAAGAACUCUCAUAAUAUGAUUGAAAAGAAAUACAGAACCAACAUCAACACAAAAAUCUUGGCUUUGAGAGAUGCAGUACCUGCUCUUAGAAUUGCUGCUGGUUGUGACGAUGUUUCCAUAGCUGAUUUAGAAGGGUUGACGCCAGCAUCUAAGUUGAAUAAAGCUAGUGUUUUAACCAAAGCUACAGAAUACAUUAAACAUUUGGAAAGCAAAAACUCCGUUUUGAAACAACAAAAUAUUGAAUUGCACAGAUUAAUUCAGCAUGCCAACUUGAAUCCAAAGUCUUUACCUCCACCUCCACAACAAAUGCCAAUGCAAACACCAUUUCCACCACCACCACCACAACAACAGCAACCAGGAUUUGGCUUUUAUCCACAGCAAAACCAAUCGUUCAAUGUUUCACCUGCUUCUCAAUACCCCUCUCCUCAACAGCAAGUAUCCCCAAUCCAGCAACAGCCAGCACAACACCCACCACAACCUAAUAGAUAUUUGUUGGGAGGUAUGGCUGCUGUCAUGGGUACCUCCUUAUUUGGUGGAUCAGGUGAGAAUGAUUUCCGCAGUUUGGGUGCAUUACCAUUUUCAUACUUGUUUCCUAACGCUAUUCUCAAUCCAUCUCCAUUGACUAUUCAAUUAUGGACAUUGACCAAGGUGUUGCUAGUUGUUGGAAGCUUGGCCAGCAUUUUUAUUCCAAUGUAUAAACAAGCACAACUUGAAAAGGACGAAAAAUCCACUACUGUCCCCGAAACUUCGCUAUUGGAUUGGAUUUUGAUUUCAAUAGGAUUCAAAGUUCCUGCCAAGUUGUCAGCCUCUAAAAGAGACGCUAUAUUAUCCAAUUUACAAGGAGGAAAUAAUUGGCCACAAUUGGUUUCUGAUUAUUUCUAUUUGACUGGUUGUGAAAUAAAUUUUGAAAAUUGCUUUUUAUCUUUGGUAUUAGGCUCAAUGAUUAGACACAGAUUACCUAGGGUUGCAAAGGUUUUGAAUCAUUAUUUGCUGAUGAAGGAAUCUUUGCUUUUGAAUCUUGACUACAAGGGAGCUGACAAAUCAUUGAAAAGAUUAAAUCAAUUGGUUGGUAAGGUUGAUGGAAUUUCCAUAUUCGAGAGUACUAAUUUGACAACUAGAUUAACCAAUGUUUUUACCAAUAGUCGGAUCAAUGCAAAUAUAGUUGAUGGACAAAAUCAUGUGAAGUACAUUGAAUUUUAUCAACGCAACAUUAACGAUUAUUAUGCAAUCAUUUUCAAUUGGAGGUUGUUGGAACUUAUUCACGAAUUGAAUGUAACUUAUUUGGAAGAAUUGAAUGACGACCAAUCACAAAUAUUAACUGAUUUGAAGAUCAUUGAAGUAUUCAUUGGUGAACAGGACGAUAAGUUGUUUGGUUAUUAUCAAUUAUUUACCAGUAUUUUAAAUGCCAAUUAUGCUCCGUAUUUGUUUGAGAGUUUGAAAGAUAAAGUUGAAUCAUCGUUGGAGAAAUUUAGAAUUGCUUAUGAAGGAAUUGAUUUAACAGAUCACGAAAUUCACAAUACUUCGUCUGAAGAUGAACACGAAGACGAUCCUGUUGUUUCUAAAUAUGUGCCACCGUUAAAGUCACAGAAAUCAUUAAUCUCAUCGUUGAACUUGGUAAAUGAAGAAGAGUUUAUAAUACUAACAUGCUCAUUGACUAUUUACUACUACAAGAAUAAAGAAUAUGACCGUGCAUUGAAAAUAUUGAGCUACUUGAGAUUGGACGAUGAUGCCAAAACAGUCAGUCUUUUAACGUUUACUGCAUUGAUGACAUUGAUCAAUGAGUUGAUACCGGGUAGAAUUGAAGACAAUGAUAAUUUGGACUCAGCCAUUAAAAUCUGUCGCGAUUGGCUUGAGAAUCCUGAUUUAACUCGAUACAUGGAUGAAAAUAUCAAACAUGAAUUAACGAAAAUUGUGGUCAAUAAAGGCAUGAUUGUUAAUGGAAUUGACGUUAAUGAGAGUGAUGAGGAAUGA